AAACACACCCUCCACCUAGUGUGAAGGCAGCAGUCGUUCCCAUAAUGCACUCCCCGUCAUCAGCGGGAAACCAAAAUGGCGAAUGUGUUGGGGGAAAAUGAGCCGUUUGUUAUUUUCUGAGGAAGCCACGAGCCCCGCCAGUCUCCGAGAUACACUUUAGAAAUAAACUUCAACUUCAGGAGGAGCGGGAUAAAGGCGGCCCUUCACAUCCUGUUAUUUUGUAGUACGAGUCGUUUGUAGAAGCGGAGGUGACCGAAUGAGAGACUCAGGGGUUGUGCAUCACCUGUCGGUCCAUCACAGAGCUCACCCCCAGCGGCAGCAGCAGGCUGUGUCCUUGUCCCCCACAAGCCUUUCUGCCAGGGGAGAGUAUGGAGAAGACAGCAUGUCUGACAGGUUCACAGAGGGACAGGACGUCUUGGCCCGGUGGUCAGAUGGCUUGUUCUACUUGGGGACAAUCACCAAGAUAGAUCGGGACAAGCAGCGAUGCUUUGUGGUUUUUGAGGAUCGGUCGAAGUCUUGGGUUCUCUGGAAGGACAUUCAGACAGGGGAUGAAGAUGAUGAGGAUGAUGAGGACGAUGAUAUUGUGUGCUCCAUAUGCCAGGAUGAAACUUCAGAGGAGCCUAAUGAGAUUGUCAUUUGUGACAAGUGUGGACAAGGUUACCAUCAGCUGUGCCACUCCCCCAUCAUCGAUGCCUCUGUCAUUGACUCAGAUGACAAGUGGCUCUGCUCAGAGUGUGAGCUCACAUCUAUAUCUAAGAGGGGGGGUGCGCACAGGAGGGGAGUGUCUGCUAAAGGCUUUCUGCAGCAUGAGCAGCAGCAGCAGCACAUGGAGCUGCACCUGUCCUUCCCGUACGCCCUCGAUGAACUGGUGUGGGAUCAGGGCCACAAGACUAACAUGCAGCAGUGCUACUGCUACUGUGGAGGUCCAGGAGAUUGGUACCUGAAGAUGCUGCAGUGUAACAGGUGUCAGCAGUGGUUCCAUGAGGCUUGUCUCCAUUGCUUACAGAUGCCCAUGCUCUACGGAGAUAGGUUUUACCUGUUUAUCUGUUCUGUUUGCAACGGUGGACCAGAGUACCUCAGCCGACUUUCUCUCAGAUGGGUCGAUGUGACACACCUGAGCCUGUACAACCUGAGCGUGAUCCACAAGAAGAAGUACUUUGACUCUGAGAUGCACCUGAUGACUUACAUCAAUGAGAACUGGGAGCUGCUGCAGUUGGGGGAGCUUGCUAACACUCCGGGAUCAGAGCGAUAUGAAUAUGUUCUGCAGGCAUUAAACAGCAACAGGAGCAUGUUUAUGUCAGGGAAGGAGGUAAAGAAAAAGAAGCACUUGUUUGGGCUAAGGAUCCGUUUCCCUCCUGCUCCCCCCAACUCUGAUGAGCCAACCAGCAGAGUGAUGGAGAGGGCUUCACAUGAGAUCACCAUCAAGGGAUGCAAGUCCACCAAAGCUCUAUCUGGCAUGAGGACUUGCAAUACUUUGACCAAUGGCACAGAGAAGAAGAAAAAGAAGAAGAAAAAGAGGAAGCAAGGAUCACGCUCUCUGGAGACUCUGGCUAAACGACCACGCUCCAGUGAGCUCUUAUCCCAGGAAAUAAGAAAGCCUCUGCCACUAGAGUCCCACACAUUGGAUCACUUAACCUCUAUCAAGCGUGACAGGUCUCUGCUGUCCUCAGAUGUGGAAUCCAUAGGAGCCCUGAGCACCUCAGAAACUACCUCAACUAGCAUUUCAAGACAGUCCAGCCUCUGUAGCUCCAGCAAGACGCGCACGACAGCCUGCAUCAUGCCUGUUUCCUCUCCACCCUUAAAAAGGAAACGUGGGCGGCCACGACGGGCCCUGCAGCCCCCCAACCCAGAGAUCCCCCCUCCCAGCCUCGCAGACCCAAAUCCCUCAGCUACAGAGGUGCUGAGCCCGCUCCCGGGGCUUCACUCCACAGACAUAGUUCAUGGCAUGGACCCCAACACCCAGCUCUCCCACCUCAAGAGCUCCAUCAGCAGUUAUUUCGGAGCAGCAGGGCGGCUGGCUUGUGGGGAAAAGUACAAAGUCCUGGCGCGACGGGUCACCCUUGAUGGCAAGGUGCAGUACCUGGUGGAGUGGGAAGGAGUCACUGCCUCCUAGACGAAUGUCGACGUCAUUUCUAACUUCUAACCAGCACCUACAAGAGGUUUACGGCUGUGCUAAGGACAUGUGCACACAGCCUGUAUCCAGAGCAUUAUUUGAUAUAUGCCUUUUAUUUAGUUAAGACGGGAGCAGAUUAAGUUGACUGUUUAAAGCCUACUGGUUCAGUGCUGUCUAGGGUUAAACAUGUCUUUUGAGGCUAGUCAUUGUACCACCACCAUAUUUGUGUUACCUGCUUUGAAUGUUUACAGAAUCCCCAUUUAUUCAGGGGCAAAUAAUUGACCAGUGCACUGCACCCGUAGGCUUUCAGUGCUCUUUAUUGUUUGAUUUUUAAUCCAGUGAUAUACUUUUCAUUUCCAGAUCAGUUAAGUAUGAAACUGUAAGUGUUUUCGACAGAAUGUAGUAUGUCAUGCAUUAAAUGGUGAAUCUUGGAGGAUAAGAGAAAGAGGGGAAGUUUUGUUUAAAGAAUUUUCAUCAACUUUACUACUGUAAUCAUGCAGUGAACAAUUACAUGCGUUUGGUUAACAUUUGUUUUCUUACCAGAUUUGGUAAAUAAAUACAUGUCCCUUUAGAAUCAUGUCCCCUUUUUCUCUAGUCCCAGCUAUGAGUACCUCUUGUUGCCUUAGGCAGACAUAUCUUUCAGUUGUGUUUUGGAAAGUGUGCUCAUUUGUGAGCAGUUCAGGAGGAAAAAGAGAUGUGCUGCUGCAAAUGUUUAUUAUUUUAUAUAGAAUUAUACUACAUUUAUUAUUAUCUUUUCCACUUGUACUUACUCAUAUGCCUUUUUCUAUUCAGCGGGAAAGAGUUCUCUUGAGUUUCUUUUUUUAAAUUCUGGAUUGCACAUAAAUCAAACAAAUGAUGUCCGUUAGACUGUCAUCUCAUUUUGAACAAAUCAUUUGAGCUUUUCUGCUCAUACAUGGAAGCAAUUGAUAAAUUUCUUUUUAAAUACUUUUUUUUAAUGGUGGUGAUAACUCUGUUUAAAUGGAGGUUCUGAAAAAUAACAUCCCUAAAUCAAGUGUAAUUUCAGCAUAGAAAUGAUCAGAAGCCCAAACCCAAGAUGACUCGUAGUAACCUUUUUUUUUUUAAUAACAUUUUGAUUUGAAAUUGAUAAAAUGACUGUUAACUCUGAAAUCUUCAAGGACCUAUUUAGUUUUUACUUUUUCUGAUAUAAGAUGAAUGUUGUGUACCCAGUCCUCGUACCUAGAGUUCAGAAUGAUUCUGCUUUUCUGUGCUGCCUAUGCAAGUAGUCCUGGAUAAAGGUGUUCAGCCAUAUAAUUGGACCAUGUGGCUUGACAAUGGGGAGAUUCAGCAUUAUUGUGAUAAUUUGACCAUGUCAUUAAAUAUUUCCUGUGACAGUGCAAAAAACAAACAAACAAUGCCCUUGGAUUUUUGCUUCUACAGUUAAAACCACCUCGUAGUUUACACACUCAGGAUAUGCCCAUAAACUUCACUGUAUUGUAUAGGCCAGCAUUUGCAGCUUAACAGGAGGUCUUGAAGGUCUUGAUAUAAGUUAUUCACUCAGUGUUGUUGGUCAGUAUUUUUAUAUCAGGUGCUCAAUUACUUUUUGACCAUAUGUAUGCAUGUACGCUUUUUUUUUUUUUUUUUCUAUGAGCAAAAUAAUUUGUAGUCUAUUUUUACUGCAACACUCGCUUGUUUAAAAUGAGUCAGAAAACAAUCACUGGAAAACUAAUAUGCUGUAUGUCAUUGCAAGAGGUGAAUAUUCUGUUAGUCUCUUUUUCGAGAUGUUUCUGUUUUUGUUCAAAUGGACAGACCUUUUUGACAUUGAUACCUCUUAAUUGUGCGGAUGUAGUCAUGCAUUUGAAGCUUCUCUCCUCUGUUCAGCCAGUGUCUCAGCCUACAUGAUGCUACCACUGACUUCCAGCAGGCUUCUGUAGCCAAAGAACAUUCAUGUAACGUCUGCUUUGUCUCUUGAGAUUCUUCUUAUUACAUUUUUAUACAUCAUUAUAUAGGUUGACGUGUUACUUCUGAACCUGUUUAGUUAAAGGAUAAAUAAAAGUUGAUAUUUUGAA